AUGAGGCCGGGAACCGCAGAGCUCAUCGGAGUUCCAUAUCGGAUUACAAAGCCCGUCCUCCGAAAACACAGCAAAAAAGUUCUUGUACCGAACCACUUGGACAUCUGCUCCCACUCGGAGCAAGAAUGCGUGGCCUCAGGUGUGGGACUGACCACUGACUGCAUAUUAAAGCCACGUGUGCUCUUUCAUGCCUUCGGUGGGCGGCGUUCUUCCUUCAAGCGAGCAGGAAUGCAGACGACGUGGCCAAAUGUCGCUCAGGCAGCCUUAGGGGUCAACUAUUUGGAGGUCUCGGGGGAAGCGUGGCAGAUGGGAUGGGACACGGAGACGAGCACCUGCGCAAACAGGCCGUCCAGGACCGAGGCGCGGGUCCUGUCCGUGGAGACUCACGCAGUGUCGGAACCUACUCACCGGGGGCCUCCUGACUCGGGCCUCCUGGACGAGGGAGCGAGCCUGAAAACAAAAGCCGAGUGGGUGGAGAAAGGAGUGACCUUCACUGACGCUCCAGAUACGCUCGAAAACAGUCCGGAUCCUCGCCGCCUUGGUCUCUCUUCGGCGCCGUGGUUCUUCACAGCAAUUAGAACGAUAUAUCCCGAUUAUGAGCGAGCUGCAAGCGUCAGUGUGAGAGGUGUGGGCGGAGGAGGAGGAGGAGGAGGAGGAGGCGGGGCCAAGCAAAGGAAGCCGUAUUGUGGUUUGCCACUGGCAACACCGGUAGACAUCCACACGCGGCAGGAUCGCAGUGAGGCGGCUCUCAUCAGACGUUUUAAGGGCGAUGGCGUCCGCUACAAGGCCAAGCUCAUCGGCAUGGACGAGGUCAGUGCGGCCCGCGGAGACAAACUCUGUCAGGACUCCAUGAUGAAGCUCAAGGGUGUCGCAGCAGCAGCUCGCUCCAAAGGAGAACACAAGAAGAAGGUUUUCCUGACUGUUUCCUUUGGAGGGAUCAAGAUCUUUGACGAGAAGUCGGGGGUCCUGCAACACCACCAUGCGGUCCACGAGAUCUCCUACAUCGCCAAGGACAUCACAGACCACAGAGCCUUCGGCUACAUUUGCGGCAAGGAAGGCCACCAUCGCUUUGUGGCCAUCAAGACCGCACAAUCGGCGGAACCUGUGAUUCUGGACCUGCGGGACUUGUUCCAGCUCAUCUAUGAGAUAAAGCAGAGGGAGGAAAUGGAGAAGAAGGCCCAGAAGGACAAACAGUGUGAGCAGGCCGUCUACCAGACGAUACUGGAGGAAGAUCUGGAGGACCCGGUCUACCAGUACAUUGUGUUUGAGGCCGGACACGAGCCCAUCCGCGACCAAUCGGAAGAGAGCAUUUAUCAGGUUCCCACCAGUCAACAGAAGGAAGGUGUCUAUGACGUCCCAAAGCGACACCCAAACGGGCAUCCAAACACCCACCAUCCCCACCAACAUCAUCAUCACCAUCAUCUUCAUAGUCAUCUGCAACCCCCCAAGCCGGGACUCGGUGAACAUCUGGAUCAGCAUCACGAGGUCGAUCUGAUAGACUUAGGCCUGAAUUCUCAGAACAUCAACCAAUUAGAGCUUUUCGGAGACAUGUCGACGCCUCCCGACAUAACCUCUCCGUCGACCCCGGCCUCCCCUGCUAACACCCUUGAUCCGUCGCUAGGCCUGCAGCCUCCCACGGAACUCUUUGCUCCCUUCAAUCCUGCGUCUGUGCCCUCAGGUUACGUGACAAUGGGAGCGGUCCCCUCCGGACACUGGUCCCAGCAGGCCUUCGCCGCCCAGACGCCGCUGGCCUUCGGCGUGCAGUCCCCUCUGGGUCCGGUGGCGCAGGUGCUGCCCGGCGGACAGCCCCUCAUCUGGGGCCAGGCCAACAUCUUCCCCGCCACGCAGCAGCAGUGGGCGGCCAUGGCGGCCGGAGCCUUCCCCCCAGCGGCCUACCUCCCCGCCCAACCUGUGGGCACCCUGCCGGCCGCCAUGUUCCAGGCUCUCACCCCCGUCGCCGCCGUGACGCCGGCCGGCGAAACCCAGUCAGGUGCAGGCGCUACGGGUCCGGCCGCCUCCGCGUCGUCGAGUCCGCAGCACGGGGAGCAGGCGAAAAAGAUGAGCAAGGAGAUGUUCAAGGACUUUCAGUUGGCGAAGCCGCCAGCAAUGCCGUCAAAGAAGGGCGAGCAGCCCGGCUUAACGGGUACCUCAGAGGCAUUCAGCACUUACUUCAGCCGCGUCGGCACUGCCCAGGACACGGACGACUGCGACGACUUUGACAUCUCGCAGAUGAACCUGACGCCGGUCACUUCCACCACGCCGUCCACCAACUCGCCCCCCACCCCUGCGCCCCGCCAGUGCUCGCCCUCCAAAUCGUCCGCCUCGCACGUCAGCGACCCCCCCACGGACGCUACGGACCCCCCCACGGACGACUCGUUCGGGGAAGCCGAGGGCAGCCCGAGCCGGAGCGGAGAGGAAGACGCUGUUUGUGGUUCUGGGUCACCCUGCCCCAGUGAGCCUACAGGGCCCGGCCCAGAACAGGCCAGUCCGGAGGCUGGGAGCUAGAUAGCAGCAGGGCAGGAAGGUGAAGGACCCUCUCUACGCCAAGAUCAACAAAGGGAAGAAAUAAAGACACACAGGAAGUCGGCCGGACCAGCACUGACAAGACUGGAGGAGGAGCUUCAUUUCUUCGUGUGUGUGUGUGUGUGUGUGUGUGUGUGUGUGUGUGUGUGUGUGUGUGUGUGUGUGUGUGUGUGUGUGUGUGUGUGUGUGUGUGUGUGUGUGUGUGUGUGUGUGUGUGUGCGUGUGUGUGUGUGCGUGUGUGUGUGUGUGUGUGUGUCCCAUCAAGAGCAUCCUCUCCCCAGUGUCUCCCCAUGGAGGACAGGUAUUGACGCAGACCUUCUUUUCCCGACCUUUUCCUCUCCUCGGUCUUACUCUGCGCCUCCAUCUUCGUCGCCGCCUUGCUUCCUUCCUGGACGGUGACUUUGCCGCACAAACGGCGGCUCCGAAUCGAAGCGGUGCGUCCAUGUCUCUGGACAAAAAACAUGACAACGCGCUAAAAACCUGCUAGGGACUCGUGGAGACGGACUCUGCAGGGUCUGUCGGUUUGGGACCGGUUGAACUUGUGCAGAAACUCUGGGAGCUACUCACUCGCCGCACACACACACACACACACACUCUGGCCUAAUGUGUCUCCUCGCAGACGAAGACCAAGGUAACAUUCUCUAUAGCUUUUGUACAAUACUACCGACGGGGGGAAAAAAACGAAGAAAAAACAGCAAAUUCGAGGGGGAAAAACAUUUUUAUUUUAUAAUUCAAAUGAAAGCCGCAAUGUGGAGUUUAGCUCCAUAGGGGGCAGUGUAGAGUGGCUUUAAUGCGAUUCAUGGGCCAUUUUGUAAAUAAGCAUCACCACCAUCACUACUACUACAGUGCUAUGGUACUACGGUACUACAGUACUGUGGUUCUACAGUACAUUGGACCUCUGGGCCAUCAAAUAGGGAGUCUUCUAGUUAUGCAAAUGUUUCACCCAAGCAAUAGCGACAUGCCUUGGUUGUCCCCUUCUCAGAUUGACAGCCCCUCGGCGCCAUAGCAACCAUAUAUUCCUCUUUUGAGGCCUCCUUUGGAAUACACGAGAACCUCCAAAGUUGAACAGAUCACUCAUUGGGGCGGCUUGUGGAGGCAGAUAUUUUGGCAGGCAGUUUGCUCUGAAAACUCGAUUGUCCGUUUACACUUUUUUUGGGGCUUGUGGAGGCGGAUAUAUUGACUGACAAUUUGCUGUGAAAACUCAAUUUACACUCAUAUAUAUAUAUAUAUAUAUAUAUAUAUACACACGUGUAAAUAUACACAUACAUAUGUAUAUACAUGUGUGUAUGUAUGUAUAUAUACAUAUACACAUUUAUUAUAUAUGUAUAUAUACACACACAUAUAUACGCAUUUGUA